AUCACUGGUCGUAAGUCGCAGUGGUGAUGUGACCGUAUGACUUUUGACAUACAACUUAAUUACCAACAAACAAUACCAAAUACUUAUAAAUAUUAUAAAUUUAUUAUUUAAAUAUAAAAACCGCCAGAAUAUUUUAAAUUCACCAGGCUCAGGACUCUCUACCAAUCCUAGUUCACUAGUACCAGUACCAGUUACAGUUCUAGCCUAAGAUGGUUCGUCAAUAACAACAAUCAUACAAACAAAUAAUAGCAACAGUAACAGUAACAAUAACAAUAACAAGUGUUGAUAAAUACAUAAUAUAUUAAGAUCAAUAACAAUAAUAAUAAGAGGAUAUAUUUUUUGAGCUGUGAAAUGAUUAAAGAUAUGGUAGACGAUGAGGCAACUCAGGCCACAAAUGAUGACGCGAGUGAGUGCAAAAGACACGCGGUACAACUUGGAUACUGGACUGAUCCUUUUAUUAAUUUUUUUGUUCGUCAAACAACACGCAAACCGCCAGAAAUAAAUCGAGGUUAUUAUGCAAGAGUUAAAGGAACUGAGUAUUUUAUUGAUAGAUUUUUAAAGUUAUCUGGUGGUAAAGGACAAAUAAUAAACUUAGGAGCUGGAUUCGAUACACUCUACUGGCGAUUAAAAGAUGCAAGAAAUAGUCCUCAAAAUUUUGUAGAGCUCGACUUUCCCAGUGUUACUGCUAAGAAAUGUUAUCAUAUUAAAAAACAUAAACAAUUAAUAGACAGGCUCAAUACUGAAGACGGAGAAAUAAAGUUUUCUACAACAGACCUCCAUGCUGCAGAUUAUCACCUCAUUGGAACAGAUUUGAGACAUAUAACAGAGUUAUCAAACAAAUUAACACAAGCAGAAGUUGACUUUAACAGUCCAACAUUAUUUCUGUCUGAAUGUGUUCUCGUUUAUAUAGAUAGUAAUGCAGCCUCUGUCCUUAUUAAGUGGUUGGCUCAAAAGUUCCCUAAUAGUCUAUUUGUUAAUUAUGAGCAAGUCAAUAUGCGUGAUAAGUUUGGCCAAGUUAUGCUCUCUAAUUUACGAUGCCGUGGUUGUUUAUUAGCUGGCGUUGAAGACUGCGAGUCAUUAGAAACUCAACAGAGACGUUUUACAAUAAACGGAUGGGAAGGGUCAAGCGCAUGGACAAUGGUAGAAAUUUACGAUUCACUCCCAGAAUCUGAGAGAAUGAGAAUCGAACGAAUUGAAAUGUUAGACGAGAGAGAAUUAUUGACACAAUUAUUGCAACAUUAUUGUAUCGCUAUUGCCUGGAAUGGUCCGAUGUUUAAAAAUAUUGCAAUAGCCCAAGUUUAAUUACGGCUAUAACUUAAAAGUAUAUUAUUAAUUAAUAAAAUAAUUAAUUAAUAAUAAUAAUUAUAAUGAUAACACGCCACAACGUUACUCCAGGUAAAUGAAAAAAUAAAAGAAAAAAAAAUAAUAAGUAUAAAAGGAUGUAAUGAAAUAAUUUUCAUUGUCAGGUACGUGAAAAUUUAUUUCGUCAGCUUUUAUUGUUGUCAUCGUGAUAAAAAAAAUGAUAAAUAAACUCGUUGAAUUUUUUCGAGGAUAAAUUUUUAAAAAAUGAUAAAGUUUAUUUAGACUGAUCAAUUAUUGAAAAAUUAAUAUCAUAGAUAAACUAAAAUUAAUUAUCAGUACUGACAAUUAAAGUUUUUAAUUGCUAAUUAUAUAAUAAUAAUUGUUAUUAUUAUUAAUACACAGAAAAAAAGGAUUUCGUGACGCAAGAAAAAUUUUUCAUUGAGAAACGAAAGCAAAAAUUUUCUUAGGACUAAAAAAAAUUAUGAUCCUGAAGCUAACGGACAAUUAAAAAUUUUUUGAUUUUUUUUUUUAAAAGAUUAAUUGCCAAAAAAUAAAACAUAGCACAACCUCUCCGCUUCGCUUCCGAGGCGUGCAAUAAAAAAAUGCACAUGUAGAAAAUUUAAAAAACUAUGGGUGCAAUUUUUUCAAAUAUUUUUUUUUUAUAAUUUAUUGGUUAAAAAAUAAUCCAAAAAUUGUUGGACGUCUGCGAACUUAUGGUACUGAAAUUAGCCGACGUCUAAUAAUUUUUGAAUUUUUUUUUAAACGAUAAAUUAUUUUAAAAAAAAUAUUUGAAAAAUUGCACUUGUAGUUUUCAAAAUUUUCUACAUGUGCAUAUUUUUAUUUUCUAUUUUUUUGUACUUGGUUUUUAAAAAAAAAAUCCAGAAAUUGUUAAUUGUCUGUCAACUUCAGGUUCAUGCGAAAUUCAGUAUCAUAAAAAAUUUCUUGCUCUAAGCAAAUUUUUGCUGUCAAUUCGUAAUGCGAAAAAUUUCUGAGGACAAGUAAAAAUUUUUAUCGUCAAGAAAUCCUUUUUUUUCUGUGUAUAAAUUUUUGAUUCUUGAUAUAGUUUAAUCUUUGUACUACUUAUACCUCGGAAUGGAUUUUUUUCUGUGAUUUUAUAGUGAUUCCAGUGGAUAAAUAUUUAUAUUUAAAAGUAUUUUAAAUAAUUAUUCUCGGUUAAGAUGAGAAAAAGUUUUUUAUAAUUAUAAAAUAGGUUUUUUUUUGUUUUCUCAAUUAAAAAAAAUUUUUUUUUUAUUUAGAAUUGUUGUGAAAUAAAAUUUUACACUUGGAGGCGACUGUGAGUUGUAUUUAAAAAAUAAUUGUUAGUAUAAAUCAUUUUCCUUAAAUUUCAUUAUUUUAGUAACGUUGAAAUUUUUUUUUCUUUUUGCAUUGAAUUGAUUUUAUUUUUAUUUCCUACUCGGUUUGAAUUUUAUAAAAUUUUUAAAAUAUUUAACAAUCAAAGUAACAGAAAGUAAAAAUAAUUAACAAUACUGAUAUUUAUAAACUCGUUAAUACUUUUAAUAAAUUUUUUUUUGUAGAAGUAAUUACAGAAAAUUAAAAAUAAAAAUAGAAAUUAAUCAAAGGAAAUAAAAUUUCAAAAAUUUCAUCCUCGAGUGCGUUAAUUAGCAGUAGGAAUUUGUAAUAACAAUAAAUUUUUAAUUACUUCUGACAAUCGGCCUUUUUAGUUAAAACUCUUUAUUAUUUUUUUUCAAUCUAAUUAAUAACAAUUUUAUAAUUAAUUUAUUGCUUGAUAGCUCAUUAAUUAUUGAUAGAUUUUUAAAAAAUUUUUAUCGUACUAUUAAAAGUAUUUUCAUAAAUAAAACUAAACUUCACGGAAGGUUUGACUGCGAUUUAUCAAGUCUUUAAACUGAUUAUUUAAUUAACAACUUUCAGUCAUAAUAAAAAAUAAUCAUAAUUCUGUUUACUUAAAAAUUACCGCAUAAGAUAAGAAAUUCAUUGAAAAUGAAUAAAAAUAAAUAUUAAUCAAUCAUGAGACUUACACUUCAUAAAAUGGAUAAUCAGGGUCGUGGAUUUACUCAACGUAAAAAAAAACAACUUAAUAUUUAUCUAAAAAAUUAUAAAAUUUUGGCUUGGAUUAAUUAUUAAAAAUUAUUCGUCUAAUUUCCCGCUUAUUUUUGGUCAACAUUUUUUUGAAUUUUCAAUUUCUCAAUUACAAAAAAAGUUAUCAAUUUUCUAUAUCAAAAAAUUCCCGCGCAGAAAACUUUCGGCGCUUUUUUUUUAAAUUCUCUCGUAUAAUAAAUUAAUUUGCUGCCUUAAAUAAUUUUUUAAUUUAAAAAUAUUUUUGCGCCACCGGUUCUACGGCUCAGCUUUCAAAAUUUUUUUUUUUACACUAAAAUAUUUUUUUUUAAAUUUCUGCCCAUAAGCUUUGAAUUUUUUAAAAAUUUACACGCAUACAGUAAUUUUUUUUUUUUACUGAGUAUAAAAAUGAUUCAAAAAAAAAUUAUGGCCAAAAAUAAACGAAGCCACAAAUUUAAAAAAAAAAUAAAUUUUAUGUUACGCUACCAGAUAAAACUUAAUGUAAUAAAUAAUUAUCUGUAACAAGUUAAAUGUUUGAACGUUGUCUGAAAUGCUUAUCCUUGAACCUAGUCGCUGAAAAAAAAAAAAAAAAAAAAAUUUGAAUAAAAAUAUGUAUAUUUUGCUGUUAAAAGUAUUUAAAAAAUAAAUACCUGGAGUAACAUAUAUAUUAAUUAAAUGAAAAAAAAAAAAAAAGAAAUGAUAUAUUUUUCUGAAUAAAAAGAAAUAAAUUGUACGUCGAAUAUAAUCGCAGUGUCUAAAAAUAAUCAUCUCAUAAACUAUCAAUUGUAUUUUUCGAUGUGCUAAGACUGUUUUUUAUUUAAUACAUAAAUUUUACUUGUCAAUAAUUAAUGCGCAAGUUUUUAUUAUGUAGAUAAAUAAUUUUGAUUAAUAUAAAUAUAUAUAUAUUGAAUAAUUUAUUAUGAUGAAAGAAAAGUGCGCAGUCGCUCAAAAAUUGUCCAGCCAAAUCAAUCAGUUUCACUAAUGAGUAAAUUAAAUGAUUAGUAAAUGGAUUAUAAAAACUUAAAUUAAAAGUAAAAAAAAAAUUCAAUUUAUCAACGAAUUAGCACAUGCAUAUUUUUUAUUGUAAUGCACCAAAGAUUACACGAGCUGUCUGCCAACACUAUUUUAUUCUUGUUAAAUAAAACGAAUACGAUUUAAAUUUAAUAUAAAAAAAUACUAAUUAAUUAGAAGGUUAAUUGAUUGUAAUUUUUAUUAAUGAGUUUAAUUAUUUCUCGAUUAAUAUAUCAGCUGAAUAUUUUAAAUCUUUUUUUUUUUAUUUUAUUUAUUAAUAUAUAUGUUUUAAAGUCAUCUUUUGAUAAAUUGAUCCGUCAGUUUUUUUAUAAUCCGUGUAAAAGAAGUUUUUGAAAAAUCGUUAUUUUUUAAAAAUUUAAAAAAGUGACACAACGACGAACUUUUUUUAAACGUUUUCUAAACUUGAAAAUCCAAGAAAAAAGUCAGUAAGGUAAAAGCCCCUAUACCCGCUCACUUUUUAUUCGAGUGAGAUUAAAUCACUCAAUAUAAAUUAAUAAAUAAAAUGAAAAACCAGAUUUUUUUUAUAGUUAUUUUUUGAAGUUUCGAGUAUUAGAAUAAAAUUUAAGUUUGAAGAAUAAUUUUGAUAAUUUAUUAUUAUUCAUUUUUUAAAUAAGGUCCUUGAGUGUACCCAUAGUCGCUCAUUAAAAGUUGUCAUGUACCAUUACUCGAUCAACACAUGGCCCUAUAGUCGCUCAAAGACAAUAUCAAUUAAACUAUGAUAAGUUUAUUGAUUUGGACAAAUAAUUUAUAAAUUAUACAACUUUAUUCUUUCAUAAUAUAAAAUUUCAUGAAUUUUAAAAAUGUAUUUAAUAAGAUAUAGUUAUAACAAUUCUUAAAAAAUUUGACGUAGCCUAAAUUUAAUCUAACGAAUGAACGUUAAAGUAAAAAAUGCCCGGCUGAGCGCGAUUUUGCAAACAGUCAUUUAAUUUAAAUUUAUAAUCUAUUAUAGAAUAAUUUGAUACAUGAUAUUUUAAUAUAUUUAGGUUCACAAAUAAUUAUUUAUCAGUAAUAAUAUUUUUAGUUGUAAUUUUUUUUUUAUAAAAAUCAUAAAAAAAACGCAUUAAACAGUUAAAGUGAGCGACUAAUGGUACUGAGCAGGUAUAGGGGCUUUUACCUUAAAUGUCCUAAUAUUUUUAAGGUAUACUAGAAAAAAACAGAACAAACAUUCAAAAAUUGUUGAAAACUAACUUUUUCUGAACGUAUUUUCCACUGGAAAAAAUAAUGGAACCGAGAACUUUUAAUGGAGAGUCAGAAAAGUUUAUACCAGAGUUGAAAAACGUUAAUUUAUAGUAUUAACCCUGUGUAUGUAUACUGGGUCUUUGAAGGAACAGUCGAUUUUUCAAAAAAUUCCAAUUUUGUUAUCAACAAUUUUGAAGUUAUGACUUUGGCAACUUCUAGUCCAUGUACUAGACACUUCAAGAAGUGAUCCAGAUUUUUUUUCAGAUUUUUUGAAAACCUAGAAACUUUGAAAACUUGACUAUUUCCUAAAAGACCUAGUGCACAUACCGUGUCUCGAAAAAUUUAGUCUAUAUACCCAGGGUAAAGUCAGUUACUUUUUUUUUUUUGUAUUUUCCGAAGUUUAAAAAUUGUUUAAAAAAAGUGUCAUUGUGUCACAUGGGAAAAUAGAAAAACAAAUUCUGUAAAUAUGUAAAAUAUUUAAAAUAAUUUCAUUUUAUCUUUUUUUUCUGCUCUGCUGGCCUUUUUCUAGAGCAAAUUAUUUUUUAAGUGACGUUUGUAAGAGGAAAUUUUAAUUUCCUGUUUUAAUGUCACUGCUAGAUUAAUUUUUUUCAUUCUUUAAUUAGAAAUUUAUUGAUCCACAAGAAGUUUUCACAAUAAUUUUUUUUUUUUUUU